AUGAUUUCUAAAACCAAUUUAAUAACGAUUGCCAUAGUAAGUAUAUUUUUAGCUUCAACAGUCUUUACUUUACAAUGUGAUAAUAUAUAUGACUACAAUAUAAAUGGAUUUAAGACUAAAAAAUCAGAAAGUCUUCUUAAUGGUUGUGAUGGUUGUGGAUACUUAUGGUCAAAUGUUACUGAUAAAUAUCUUUUUAAUGGUUAUGUGUCAUCCUGUUUGGUAUUACCAAAAACGAUUGCAUCAAAAUAUGCUCCAGAAAUUAAUAUGACAGCUAUUCAAACCAACUGUGCAGCAGCAGAAACCAUGGGUACAUCAUAUUGCUAUGAUGUUUUUUAUGAAAAUAUCGACCUUAAUAGUGGUAAUGCAACAAUUUGGUUAACUACUUUUUGCUGUUGUUAUUCAGAUGACUGCACAAGAAGUUUUUUUGAUCCUAGUAUACCAUUUAAUGGAUCAAAUAUUGAAAGACAUAAAAGUGGAAGAACUAUUAUAGACAAGGUUGUGAUUAGAAAAACUAAUGAAAACGAUUUUAGUUAA